CGUGCUCUGCCUCGCGGGCAGCGGCAUGACGUCGCACUUUGCGCGCGCUUUUGCAGUCUCGCUCGGCGCCGGCACGCAUCCAGCCGAGAGGGCAUGUCCACCGGGAUCGGCGCCUGCCUCGUCUGCCUCACCCCCUCGCUCAACCGCUCGCUGCUGGCCUGCACGCUCUCCUUCUCCGCCGGAGUGAUGAUCUACGUCUCCCUCGUCGAGGUGAUUGCCGUCUCGAGCGAGUACUUUGCCAAAUCGCGCUCCGAGGCCUCCGCCGCCGCCCUCGCCACCCUCUCCUUCUUCGCGGGCGCCGCGCUGAUGGCACUCAUCGACAACUGCGUCCACCGCGCCCUCGGCGCCGCCGCCGCCGCCGGAGACGGGCUCGGAGACAACGGCAGCGCUUCUCCCUCGCAUUCCCAUAGCACACCUCUCAUGCCGCCGCCCCGAGAGCACACACAUCACGGCGACGAGGAGUUGGUGGGGGGCCGGCUCCGCCCGCUCCACCCGCCGGACGACCACGACGAGGAGGCGGCCGCGAUCUACCCUACCUCCAGAGCGGCGGCCAUCGAGGCGGUCGGCCGACGGCUCGCCGGGGAUGCGUCGCGCGCCGAGCGGAAGAGGCUGCUCGCGAUGGCGGUGGUCAUCUCCGCCGCCAUCGCGCUGCACAACAUCCCGGAGGGCAUGGCAACCCUCUCGCACGCCCCUCCUCCCACCAUCGCAGCCCCCGACGCCGCCCCCCUGCCCUCACCCCCGCCCUUAAGACCCGCCCUCACCCCCGCCCUCGCCCCUCCACCGCCGCAGCCGCCCUCCCCACCGCGCACCCCCGCCCUGGGGGUCCGUCGCCUCUGGACGCGAGCCUCGCGGCCUUGUGGGCGCGUGACACCACACCACCCACGGGACUGCACUGGGCUCGCCGUCGCGAUGCCCGUCUACCACGCGACCGGCUCCCGCGCCCGCGCCGUCGCGCUCGGCAGCUUGUCCGGCAUGUCGGAGCCAUUCGGCGCGCUGCUCGCCUCGCUGGUCGCAAACGAGCACUCGUCCACCGGCGCCUUUGGCGGCAUGUUCGGCCUGACGGCAGGCAUGAUGACCUACGUCUGCCUGUCGGAGCUCCUCCCCUCCGCGUACGCGGAGCGAGGCGUGCCGCGCAGCCGCGUCGUGGCCGCCUUCUUCGCCGGGGCCGCCGUCAUGGCGAGCAGCCUCAUCAUCGAGAAGUUCGCCUCGGCGGCCUUCUCCGGCCCCUCCGGCCCCGGCGGCGAGGCGGCCACAUGAGGUUUGAGAGGCGUUUUGACGUUGCUGUCCCCGGAGAAGCCUGCACUUCUUCACGAUCUGAAGCUAUCGAGCUAACAGGAAACAGCUACUGACGUAUAUGUGUGUGGUAUUUUGAUCCUGUCUCGCAGUGCUACACUGCUAGUGCUAGUGGGAGUGGCCCCGGGGCCCAAUCGCCCAAACUUAGGGGACCCCUAGGGUCCUGAGGGCCGGAUUUUUUAAGACCUUUUAAG